GAGCACUGCGGUCGAUGCCACACUCAAUCAUGAGUGAAAACUCCGUCUCUGGCUCCCCUGAGCAGAGGGUAAUAUACAUGAUGGCGCGGGGGCGCGUAGGCAUGUCCGAUCUGGUGUGGAAGAUCCUCGUCAAGCGGUGCCCGAGCGGGCCCUCCUGCUGUUCCUCGUGUGCGCGCUAUCAAAAUGCGUGACGGGCCCGCCAUUUUCGACUGGAUGCGCAUCGAGCGUCGUAGUUCAACGCCUUGCAUGUUGAAGAUGAAAAGAAACUAGAACCAAACGCAGCCAAAUCGGAAUGCGUUUGCUGCUGAGAGUCGGCCAACUCCCCUCCCAGAAAAGAAUGCAUGAAGCCGAUGCGCAGCGGAAACGGAUGGACGCGCAUUUCAUUCGCAUAAGCACCAGCACAGCUGCCAACACGAAAGCCGUCCGAUGCGGUUCGGUGUGGCGCCGCGUAUGGGUUGCAAACAUUGCCGGGGUAGCGCGGCUCUUGCGCUCGGAGCCUGGGUCGGCCCUGUUCGUUCUGUGCUCCAACAAGUAACGAUAGAGAGGGUGUUGCUUCUGUUACUUCUAUGGAAGAGCAAGCGGCGGCGGCUAGUUCUUGGGGGCCCUAACUGUGUCGAUGCUAGGGGCGCCGGCAAGGAUGGAAGGGCCUUGCUGCGCCCGCCCCGCCGCUGUCCCG